AAUCCGCGUCGCACCCUCACCACACGCCAUGCUUCGCAAGGUUGUCCUCGCUGGUCUCGCCGCCACUGCAGUUGAUGCCUUCACUGCCCCCUCUGGCUUCUUUGGCAACCGUCAGGCCCCUGCUGCGAAGAUCAACUCCGUGAAGCCUGUUUCCGCCAGGACUCAGCGUGUGAACGGUGCGGCCUCCCUCAGGGCUGCCGAGGCUACCAAGAGCAAGCUCCCUGCCUCCGUCAAGCCCGGCGUUGUCACUGGCCAGGCUCUCGUUGACCUUUUGAACUAUGCCAAGGAGAACAACUUUGCUAUUCCGGGAGUGAACAUUGUUGGAACUAACUCCAUCAACGCUUGCAUGGAGGCCGCUGCUAAGUAUGGCGGUCCCAUCAUGGUUACCUUCUCCAAGGGUGGAGGACAGUUCAUUGCUGGAAAGUCUCUUCCUAACAAGAACGAUGAGGCUUCCAUUGCUGGAUCUAUCGCUGGAGCUCUUCACGUUCGUGCUGUCGCCAAGCAGUACGGAAUCCCAGUUGUCCUUCACACUGACCAUUGCCAGAAGGCUUGGCUUCCAUGGAUUGAUGGGCUCAUGGCUGCCAACGAGGACUACUUCAAGACCCACGGAGAGCCCCUCUUCUCUUCUCACAUGCUUGACCUUUCCGAGGAGCCCCUUGAGGAGAACGUCGCUAUCUGCAAGAAGUACCUCGAGCGCAUGGCCAAGUGCAACGUCCUCCUCGAGAUGGAGCUCGGAGUUACUGGUGGUGAGGAGGAUGGUGUUGACAAUUCUGGAGUCGACUCCUCCCGCCUCUACACCCAGCCUGAGGAGGUUUGGUACACCUACCAGGAGCUCUCCAAGGUUCAGAAUGGACACUUCACCAUAGCCGCCUCCUUUGGAAACGUGCACGGAGUUUAUGCACCGGGAAAUGUUGACCUCAAGCCAGUUAUUCUUCACAACACUCAGAAAUACAUCAGCGAGAAGCUUGGUGGAAAGGACAAGAAGCCCGUUAACUUCGUCUUCCACGGAGGGUCCGGAUCCUCCCUUGAGGAUAUCCGCUAUGCUAUCGAGGCUGGCGUUAUCAAGAUGAACAUCGACACUGAUACUCAGUGGGCAUUCUGGGAUGGAGUUCGUGGAUACGAAGCCAAGUACCACGAUUACCUUCAGGGACAGAUCGGAAACCCUGAGGGCGCAACCAAGCCAAAUAAGAAGUACUAUGAUCCCCGCAUGAUGUUGCGCGCUGGAGAGGAGUCCAUGGCCAAGAGAUUGAUGCAGGCCGCGCAGGAUCUUAACUGUGUCAAUGUUGUCUGAAUAUUUGUGAAAUGAAACUGAGGGUAGUGAUAAAACGAAA